UUUAUAGCCAAGUGUUCUCCUUAGGUCUAAGUUUCCAGAUUCCUGCUGACAUCCAGAAGCACCGAGUCUCUUGGUCAAAUAGCACAACACUUGGAAAAUACAUAUAUACUUUAAAAGACUUGUUGAUUUGACUUCAUGCAGGUCCUGAAUGAAGUCAACAGAUCAGAAGAGGAAAGAUUAACCCCAACAGGAAGCCUUGGGUCUCUUUACUGAUGUACUUUAGCCUUCAUACUAAUGGCCAAUGGCACAAUCUUCAUGCCAUCGCUGCUUUUUCUGAUUGGGAUACCUGGCCUAGAGACUGUGCAGUGCUGGAUUGGAAUUCCAUUCUGUGCCAUGUAUGUCGUUGCCAUGGUUGGAAAUUACCUGCUCCUGUUCAUCAUUAGAUCUGAAAGCAGUCUCCACAAGCCCAUGUACCUCUUCUUGGCUAUGUUGGGGGUCACUGAUAUUGCCCUCAGUACUUGCAUCCUCCCCAAGAUGUUGGGCAUCUUCUGGUUUCAUCUGAAGGAAAUCUACUUUGAGGCCUGCCUGCUGCAAAUGUGGCUCAUUCACACAUUCCAGUCCAUAGAGUCAGGCAUCUUACUGGCCAUGGCUCUGGACCGAUAUGUGGCCAUCUGUGAUCCCCUGAGGCACACUACUAUUUUCACCCCACAACUGCUCACUCAGAUUGGGGUUGGGGUGACCUUAAGGGCUGCUAUCCUGGUGGCCCCAUGCCUUGUGCUUAUCAAAUGCCGCCUGAAACAUUACCGAACCACAGUCAUCUCCCACACUUACUGUGAGCACAUGGCCAUUGUAAAGCUGGCUGCUGAUGACAUCCGGGUCAACAAGGCCUAUGGUCUGUUUGUGGCCUUUACUAUCCUGGGCUUUGACAUUAUCUUCAUUACCCUGUCCUACAUUUUGAUCUUCAUAGCAGUGUUCCGUUUACCCCAGAAAGAGGCCCGCCUCAAAGCCUUCAACACCUGCAUUGCUCACAUCUUUGUUUUCCUUGAAUUCUAUCUCCUUGCUUUCUUCUCUUUUUUCACUCAUCGGUUUGGAUUCCACAUCCCCCCCUAUGUCCACAUCCUCCUCUCUAACCUGUAUCUAUUGGUUCCACCUCUUCUCAACCCCAUUGUCUAUGGAGUAAAGACCAAGGAAAUUAGGAAUCGCAUCAUCAAAAUGCUUCACUAUUAGGAUCAGUUCUAAUCCUCAGGAAUUUUUGAAUGGUCAUCAUCAUUGGCUCUCAACAUUGUUGAGAAAUAUCCAUCAUUCUCCGUUAUGCUGUGUUCCUGGAAAGUAUAGCAGUCUCCUUGUGACCACAUGGUAUGAUUGAUUUAAAGGUUACAGUUCAAUAGACUCAGAAAUAAAUUUAAUUCAAUUUAACAAAAUUUAUUGUGUAUACUGUGUACUAGAUUAUAUGUUAGAUUUUAAUGGGAAUAUAAAAGUUUGUAACGUAAUCUGGUGUCUAAGCUGGCAUAUUUGAAUCAGGUUCUCCUCAUUGGUGAGAAACAUACUGACCCGAUACUGAUUUCCUGUGUAAGAGCAGAGUUGAUCUAAAAUCUUGGAAUGAGAGAGUACAUUUUCUUUCUUCAUUCUUCAGGUAAAAACACGUGUAGUUCCUGACCAUCUUUGGGAACAAUAACAAAAAGAAAGAGAAAAGACUU